CUAGUUAUUAUGUCAAACCCCGCUUACUGCUUCUGAGAUAUGAUUUCAAGAUGCGUGUCUUCGAGGGUUAACCCGAUUGGUUUCAGAUAAGCCCCCAAAGAAAGGUACUAACCGGACACCUUACGGUCCCUAUGCCAAGGCCAGUUCUCCUCUCUUUACGCCUCCUAUCUUUCUCUCUAUUAUAGUUAACUACUGAGCCAUCGAAUCACUCAUUACACCCCUAUUUAAGAUCUAUACAUCCGAACAAAAUGAGUUCCGUUUAUUCGAGGCGACCAAAAUGUGUGCUUCUAUCACUCUUUUUUACGGCCUUCCUGUUUUUCCUUGGGGAAAACAUCCAACAGGCUCCACGAACCCAGAUCUACGAAAGCAUUAUUUGUAAUCAAUUUAACCAGCCCCUGACCGAAUGCAAGAACAACCGAGUGCAAGAGGAAUUAGCCUUUCUCAAAGGAACAGAGAGACUGUUGGGGGCAUUGCCCACAAUUCUUGUGAUCCCGUGGAGUAUAUUUGCUGAGCGCUAUGGACGCGGUACGGCUCUAAAAUUGGCAUUACUGGGCGUAUGUUUCGAGGAGUCAUGGAGCUACCUCAUAUGCUCCUAUUCAGCUCCAAUUCGUCUUAUUCUUUGGGCUCCGAUGUUUGAAGUGCUCGGCGGCGGCCCAGCUAUCAUCACCACAAUGCUUCAUUUAAUAGCGGCAGCAGUCACUACAGAGGAACAGCGGACGACUACAUUCUUUGUGAUUCGCGCAACUGGAAUUGCAGCCGCCCUCCUGGCCCAGAUUGUCAGUUCAUUUCUUAUGAGCCGUGAUGUUUGGUUGCCCUGGGCUCUGGGACUACUCUGUAUUUUCCUAGCUGUGUUCGCCGCACCUCGAGAGCCGAACCCGAUCGACCAGAGGAAAGUGGAUGGGGAUGCCUCUCUGAGAACUGAGGAAGAGCGUCUAUCCGAAACAAAUAGCACGCACCUGCAGAAUGGCUCCCUUGACACGACGGUUGCCGACACUAUACAGUCUCGGUUGAGAGAGCUUUCAAAGCAGAUGCACACAGGAUUAAAAAUGAUCUUUUUCAACCCCCCGCUCAUUGUGCUCCUAAGCCUGUCAUUUCUGAGCCAGCUUGGUGAAGACUCGCUUCCGAUGGUGCUCUUGCUUUACAUUUCAGAGCGUUACGGCUGGGAUUUUGCUCAGGCGAACUAUUUAUGGGCGCUGGGAGAGGCUAUUCAAUUCAUAUGUCUUAUAGCUCUGCUCCCCUAUGCCAGCCGUCUACUGCUGGCUCGUUCUGGAAUGAAUGCGUAUUUCACUGAUUACACUAUCGCCGUAUUUAGCGCAAUGAUGCUUAGCCUGGGCGCGAUGCUACUUGGGCUUGGAUUUUCCAUCUCAGGCACCGUUAUAGGGGUUAUACUCAUGUCGACUGCUGGGGGUCUACAAGCGGCCCUCCGGUCUCUUGUGACAAUGGUGAUUACGCCAGAGAAUCUCGGCGUGGUCUACUCCGUCUUUACUGUUCUCCACGUCAUGAGUACCUCUUUAGCCGGUCCAAUCUAUUCCAGUGUUUUUACUUUCGGCCUGCGAUUCGGAAUCGAGUACACAGGGUUUCCCUUCGUCUUGGCAGCCAUCCUGGCGGCUUUGACCUUGCCUACCUUCUUGGCAAUCAGACCCCGUCAGGACUACGAGCUUGUGCCAGAGCCUGGUUUUGGGACACUCUAAGCGACACCAUUCAGAAGCACAUCAGAAGACUCAUUUUGCCGGACAGGAGGAUCUCGAAUUAUCUGGUUAUAAUGUCGCAACCUACCG